AUGCAUUAUCGGCCACUCUUACCGAAUGGAAAGGAAGCACCACUAUCUUGGCAAAUAAAGGCUAGCUUCAUAUUCGGUACUUGGCCCACAACUGACAACACAACCAACUUGGAGAAACGCUUGCAUCGCCUAAUUUUCCUUUGGUGUGCCCUGCUGCUUUGUGGGGCAUUUUGUGGCCAAUUCUAUGAGGUCGUGUUGCAAAAAGAUGACAUUGUCAUAAUGAUCCAAGUCAUGCUCAACCUUUUGCUUACAUUAGAGUGUAUUAUUAGGAUAGGUUGGCUGGCAUUAAAAAAGGAUAACUUCCAGGAAUUUCUCAAAGAAUUGUAUUCAAAAGUUUACUUCGAUGAAAAUAUCGACAAGGAUAUGCACCGAAAGAUUCGCAAGCAUUUAAGACCUGCGAAAAUGUUUUCAAUUUGGUACCUGUUAACAAUGUUUUCCUUUUACGUUGAGCCCAUACAGGGCAUUAUCAUUGAUGAGCGCUACCUUCCAUACAGAAUGACAAUUCCAUUCGAUUAUCGACCCUGGCCAAUUUAUACAGGACUUCUUAUAAUAUGUCUUAAUGUUGGUAGUUUGGUGUUGACCGUUGUCAUGUCAGAGUCGUACAUGCUUGCCAUGUCUAUAUUCAAUUUGAAUGGCCGAUUUCUUGUGCUGGAAGAAGAUAUUUCCAAUCUAGGUGACGAAGUAUUGAAGCAUGAGAAUUCUAAAACUAGGGCUGAUCAUUUUAAUCAGCGACUUAUUGCAUUAAUCAAACGAAAUGUAGAUUUGAUUAAGUUUGCUUAUAGAGUAGAAUCUCAGUUUACAUUGCCACUAUUUGUGAUGAUGGCAGACAGUGCGGUGAUGCUCUGUCUGGUGGCAUUUAAUUUUAAUGAGAUGGGACUCGUUCCUCAGAGCAUCAAAUAUAUCUUUUGGUUGCUGGCCAAGGUUUCGGAACUAGUUGUACUGGGCUACUUGGGCUCUGUAAUAUCUACAAGAAUUGAUGGACUUGGUACUACUUACUAUGCUUCAGGUUGGGAAAAGGUAAUUCACAAGUCACCGAAUACUAAGGCUAAUGUACGCACCAUGAAGCUUAUUACUCUCGCAAUAUCAUUCAACCAACGGCCUUUCAUGCUUACUGGCAUGAGGUUUUUCUACGUGUCCUUGGAAACUACAGUGACAAUAUUACAGGUUGCUGGUUCCUAUUUCACAUUCCUCCGCUCGAUACGUUAAUAGUUGCAUACUAAUUAAUAAGUAGAGAUACUCUCGAAAAGUCUUAAGAAUAACGGUA